AUGCAACUUGAAGCCGACAUACGCAGUGUACAAGCCGAAUCUGUAGCAGUAUUACCAGUCGAUCACCAGAUGAUUUUGCACGAGACCAAACAGGACAGAACCCUCCAAAACGUGCUCCAGUUUCUACGUAGCAAUUGGCCAUCAUCCACAUCCAACGCUGAUUUGCUGCAAUUUUUCAAAAGGAAGGACUCAUUUUUCGAAAUCGAGGAAUGUGUCAUGUUUCUGGACCGAAUCGUGAUUCCAGCAACAUUACGUGAAGCAGUUCUAAGGCAACUUCACGUGGGUCACCCAGGAAUGCAGCGGAUGAAAUCGAUUGCGAGAAGCUACGUCUAUUGGUCUAACAUCGAUUGCGACAUAGAAGAUUUUGUUCGGAAAUGUUCCAGUUGUGCCAUAGCAGCAAAAGCUCCGGUGAAAUCAACGCUCCCUUCCUGGCCAAUUCCGACGGAAUCAUGGACUCGGCUACAUUUGGAUUACGCUGGUCCUGUUCGAAGUAAAUUCUAUCUGGUUAUUAUAGACGCUUGUUCCAAAUGGCCAGAAAUUUUUGCAACCAACAAGACAACCGCCUCAACAACGGUAGCGAAAGUUCGUGAAUGCAUUUCUCGUUUCGGUUGUCCACAUUCUAUCGUCACUGACAACGGUACCCAGUUCACAUCCGAACUUUUCGCCAAGAUGUGUCAAGAAUAUGGAAUCGAGCACGUGAGAACUCCAGCUUUUCAUCCUCAGUCCAAUGGUCAAGCAGAACGUUUCGUCAACACACUCAAACGAGCUCUCCUCAAGAUGGGGGAGAAAAAUCCAGAUGAAGUGUUGCUGACUUUCCUCGAAACCUACAGGUACACUCCGAACGCAUCACUUCCACAGAACAAAUCUCCUGCUGAAGCUCUCCUGGGUCGGAAAAUUUGCACCAAAUUAGAUUUGAUAAAGCGUUCCAGACCUCAACCAACUUUGGUGAACGAGAAUCAAAACAAGCAGUACAACCAGAAGCACGGUUGUUCCAGCCGAACGAUAAAGUGUUUGCUUUGA